UCUUUGGUAGCAGGAAGAGUUUGCGAACUUAAUACUUCUACUAGAUCUAGAGAUCUAGAUCUAGACUAGAUCAAGUUUUUGAUAGAUCUAGAAUCUAGAUUUGUUUAGAUCUAGACUAGAUCUAGAAUCUAGAUCUGUAGAAUUAGAUAUAGUCUUCUAGAAUUUUAGAUCUUGGUACUAGUAAAGUCUAGUAAUAGAUCUAGAUCUAAGUAUUUUCAAAUUAAACUUUUUGAAGUUCGAAGUAUAUUGACUGUUAAUAUCUCAAAAUGGAUGAAUACAAAUGCGGGAAAUGUUUCACCAUCUUCAGUAACAUUCAGCUGUUCUUAAGUCACAAAAUCAAAGAAUGUGACAGUUUGAUUGGAUGUCUACUAUGCUCAACAGAAAAACAGUUUCCAAGCAAAAACCAUUUAGUCCUUCACCUUCUUCAAGAACACACUGUACAUUUAGAAAUAGGUGACACGGAAACCAAACAAAUGACUAAUUUAGCAUCAGAGAAAUCCUCCCUGAAUGGAGACCCAGGAAAUGAAAUAUUUUUAACAUCACCCAAUGACAAUCCCUUGGUUGAAAAUGAUGGUUUGGCAAAACUUGAUGAAUCUUCUGCUAACCAACUUUGUCCUGAUGACUACAAGCCCAUGAUGGAUAAAGUAUUGGCCAUGCCAUACACUAUUAUCAGCAACCAGAAGGAAAAUGAUCCAAAAAGGGCAGAAAAUAUAGUUUUUUCCUCUUUUGGCAAUACAUGCACUUACACAACCGCCAGUGUGAUUAACCCCCGUACAGAUACUGUAUAUUCAGCUCUAAAUGGCAAACCUCUGCUGUCACCUCUCAGUAUUGGCGACAUGGCCCCAGGAUACAACACUGAACACUUGAAAUCAAUCCGGCCGAACCCUUUGUCUGGUGGCUCAGUCGGGCUAUUGCAGUCCGCUGGAUCAACCACCACCAUUUUGUUGCCUUUGCCACUUGACCUUAACGCCACACGAAGCUUUUGCGAGGCUCUGAACCUAAAUUUAGGGGUGACUCAGCCAAACCACUUCAGUCCUCAGCACAACUCGGCUGAUUUGACAAAGCAAGAAAUUCAUGCGCAGAAAGCAUUAGACAGCAGUGUGAUGUUGAAAAGAGAGGACAUUCACUCAGAGAGCCAGGAAGAUGCCACCAAGUUAUCGCCUAGUUUUAUUAUUGUAGGACCCAAACCAAACUCCGUUGUUCCAAUUUUAUCAAACACAAAAAUAUCCCCACACCCUAAACCCACUCACACACCUUUAAGUCCUUCAAUAACAGCAGAGGAAGAACUGGACAUUGGUGCAUUAGAUUUCUAUUUUCUUUUAGGGAAUAUCAGCAUUAAAGGAAAUUCCCUAACAUACGAGCGUACAGAAUUUAGAUGUUUGCACUGUAGUUUUUCAACUGCCUGGCACCCAUCUCUUGUGAAGCAUAUGAAAACCACUCAUAAAGAUAUUCUAGAAAUACAUGCCAUGCUAGAGAUUCGAAACAAAGAUUCCUUUAGCGGUAUCAGACAGGACAAUGGGGAUUGUAAGUGGAAAGAUUUCCAAGUGAUUAAAAUGUCUCAGUAUGUUGUUGGCAAUCAGAAGUUGAAACUACCUCGGAAGAGGAUUAGAAAACCUGAGCGCCAAGACGCCCCAGGAAAAUACCAUUGCCCCACAUGCCACAAAGUAUUCAGUAGACUCCGGUACAUGCGCCGGCACCUGGCAACGCACAGAACAGAGCGGACCCACCUCUGCGACAACUGUGGCAAAUCCUUCAAGACCAAGGCCAUCCUUGUCUCUCACCGCCGCAGUCACAAGUCUAAAAACUACCACUGCCCACAGUGCAGUUUUGUCUCUAAUAGUAGUGCCGCCAUACACCUCCACCGCCAGCUCCAUCCUAACGGCUCAGUCAUCUGUGAAAUCUGUGGCAAUGCGUACAUCGACAGAUCCACAUUGAACAAGCAUAUGAAAGUCCAUGACUACAACCGCCCCUUCCCGUGUACACACCCUGGCUGUACAUGGAGAUUUAAAACAGACGUCAUGAGGAAAGCGCACGUCCGCAGCCACACCACAGUUGGCAAAUUCUCCUGCCCACAGUGUGGGUACAACUUUCGCCAGAAGCAUCACUUGCAGCGACACGUUGCAAGAAUUCACAACGGUCAGCCAGUCAAACAGACCCUCCCACUUUUAUCGCCCGCACUCAACCUCAAUUUACCCUCGACUCAGACAGCAUCAGCCUUUACCUCGCAAGCAAUAACCAUCGGUCAUGAGAUACUAUUGACUUCAACCACCGAUCACGAUUUGUUAAAAUCAACUCCCAACACACAAGACCUCCUGUCUCCUACCAGCGGGGUUCACCCUGACAUUUACUCGGCAUCCACCAGCCAACUCCUCUGCGCCAUUUCAGAGACCCCAUUCAGUUCAAACUUGGGUGACCAGGACCACUCCAUGAUAGAGGUUCUGGUUGCUAACAAACAUGACGACCUGAGUCUGGAGUCUGAUAAACCUGCAAGCCUGGAGCUACCCUCAGGUAACCUUAGCAACCUGGAAUACAUCACAGACACAGGUGAAGUGGUUCAACUGGUCAGGCCUGGUCAGACUUACAUGGGCAGAGACCAGCAUGGGAACCUGGUCCAGUAUAAAAUAGCGGAUAUUCAAGAUCAAGACGAGGCCUCACAUCCUAUUUACUUCAUUGGUGUGGAUGGGACAGUAGUUGGUUCAACCACUGGCCAAGAGCAAGCCUUAAUGGUCAAUACCAAUGGCUGACAAGAAGAGAAGUCAUUGCUGUUUGAUUUCAUGUCUUGUUGGUGAUAACAUGUGUAAACAUUGUUAAUUAAAUACUGGAUUUUUGUUGGUGCAUUUUGUUAAAAAUGUUUAUUAUAUAUUUUAAAUGAAAAGUAAACAUUCAUCAGCUUUUAAAGAUUUUUGUUUUCAUUUG